AUGGGGACCCUGAUGAGAUUUUCCAGCCAGAAACCACUAAGUUUGGUCUUGUUCCCCAAACUUCUUAUCCUGAAAGUUACUUGGGGGUAUCUUAAAAAUACAGGCCCCUCCCCCAGGCCCCAGAAAUGUAUUUUCAACCAGGGCUCUGGAGGUUCUUAUCCUCCUGGGAGCAAACGUCUAGUGGGACAUGACACGGUUUAUACCCCACAAGGGAGGAAGCAGCUUGGCUUGAGGUCACUGUGGGUCCACUUUGGGCAGGACCCAAGCAAAGUGCUGGGGAUUCGUAACUUGGCCCCAUGCAGCGACUACAGCGUGGAGGAGGAUGGUGGCCUAGGCUUCAUGGGCCUAGAGGGGCCACCUGAAGGGCUCCAGGAUACAGGUGGGGUGGAACCUGGAGAUGCGGGGUGA